AAAUCAAACCAGAUCAUAGUUACCUACUUCCAAUGUGCUUACUCAAAAUGGGCAAAUCUAAGCAUAGAUUGCUGCAAUCGUUAUCUGUUUUUAUCGUUUCACUUCACCUGCUUCGCGCUUCGUUUGCUGAGGUUAUAUUUGAGGAGAGGUUUGAUGAUGGAUGGAAGAGCCGGUGGGUUCACUCUGAUUGGAAGAAGGCUGAGGGUAAAGCUGGCACAUUUAAGCACGCGGCAGGGAAGUGGCAUGGUGAUCCCGAUGACAGAGGUAUCCAGACUACCACUGAUGCUAGGCAUUAUGCCAUAUCAGCAAAAAUCCCGGAGUUCAGCAAUAAAAAUAGAACAAUGGUAGUUCAGUAUUCCAUUAGGCUUGAACAGGAUAUUGAAUGCGGCGGGGGUUAUAUCAAACUUCUCUCUGGUUAUGUUAAUCAAAAGAAAUUUGGUGGUGACACGCCUUACAGCAUGAUGUUUGGACCUGAUUUAUGCGGCACCCAGACAAAGAAACUGCAUGUCAUACUGUCAUAUCAGGGUCAAAAUUACCCUAUCAAGAAGGAUUUGCAAUGUGAAACGGACAAGCUAACACAUUUUUACACCUUCAUUCUUCGGCCUGAUGCAUCAUAUAGCGUUCUUAUUGAUGGUCGUGAAAGAGAUUCUGGAAGCAUGUACACAGAUUGGGAUAUUCUACCUCCCCGGAAAAUUAAAGCAGUGAAUGCCAAAAAGCCUGCUGACUGGGAUGAUAGAGAAUACAUAAAUGACCCUGAUGAUGUCAAGCCUGAGGGAUAUGAUACUAUUCCACGAGAAAUACCCGAUCCAAAGGCAAAACAGCCUCAUGACUGGGAUGAAGAUGAAGAUGGAAAAUGGAGACCACCAAGAAUUCCGAAUCCGAGAUACAGAGGGCCAUGGAAGCCUAAGCGAAUCAAGAAUCCUAAUUACAAAGGAAAAUGGAAGAUCCCUUGGAUUGACAAUCCUGAGUUUGAAGAUGAUCCCGAUCUAUAUGUCCUGAAGCCCAUCAAGUAUGUUGGCAUUGAAGUUUGGCAGGUGAAAGCAGGUGCUGUUUUUGACAACAUUUUAAUUUGUGAUGAUCCUGACUACGCGAAGAGCGUAGUCGAGGAAGUAUUUGCUAAUAGGGAGCUUGAAAAAGAAGCCUUUGAGGAAGCAGAGAAGAUCAGAAAAGCUAGAGAGGAAGAGGAAGCACAGCGAGCAAGGGAAGACGGUGAAAGGAGGAGAAAAGAAAGGGGUUAUGACAGAAGGCAUCGGGACCGGUACAGGGACAAAUACAGGAGGCACCGUGAUUACAUGGAUGACGAUUAUCACGAUGAACUCUAGACGCCGUCUUCGUGCAUAACUGGGAAAUCAUUCCAUAGCCCGCCUUCUCUGUCUGAAAUCGUUCAAGUGUGAGAGUACCAUUUUGUGUAAUGGAAAUUGGAAUCCAAGGAAGAGAAGAGGUUCUUGAGAGUAAUUGCCCCUUUGUUGAAUUGUUAUUACUUAUUAGUCUUCCAAUUUCCUAAACAAGGAAAGUCUUCUUGUUCAGGUUGUCUGUAUUCGGUAGCUUCAAACACUGCAUUUAGUAUGAUACUUUUCCUAUUUUUCUUUUCUAUUGUUCAUUUACCUUGUUGAGUUUAUUGCCAAUAAAUUAUAGUAGUAUCCAACUUUUAACUUUUAA